CCCAGACUUUGAGUGCACCAUCUCUGUGUGGGAGUGUGAGUGUGUGUGUGUGUGUGUGUGUGUGUGAGCAGUUGGUGAGGGAGGAGGGGUGUGUCCUAGUGUCUUCUUCUGUUGUAGUAACCAACUGCACGCCGACUGCCAGCCAUUACUUCACUGCAGCAAGAGUCGGCCCCUUCGCACUGAGUGAGCCAGACACACUAACCUGUCUGUCCCCUCCUCUCUCUGCUCUCCCUCUGCAUAUUCAGCAGAGCUGCCCUCCUCUCCUCUCCUCUCCUCUUCAUCACUUUGCCACUCCUGCAGCAUUUGCUCUUUGCUCGAGGGGGACGUCGGCCUGCUCCUCACCCACUGGUUCUGCAUGACUGUCACAAAGAUGUCAUGGCGUCCAACCUACCGAAGCUCCAAGUUUCGAAAUGUUUAUGGAAAAGUAGCUAAUCGAGAGCACUGCUUCGAUGGCAUCCCCAUCACCAAGAAUGUUCAUGACAACCACUUCUGUGCCGUCAACUCCAAGUUCCUGGCCGUCGUCACGGAAAGUGCCGGCGGAGGCUCUUUUAUUGUUAUACCUGUGUCCCAGUCUGGUCGUCUGGACUCUCAUUACCCGAAGGUGUGCGGUCACCAAGGCAAUGUGCUGGAUAUCAAGUGGAAUCCCUUCUUUGAAAACAUUGUUGCAUCCUGCUCUGAGGACACUUCGGUUCGAAUAUGGGAGAUCCCAGAGGGUGGUCUGCGGCGCAACAUGACGGAGGCYGUGCUGGAGCUGUACGGUCACAGCAGGCGGGUGGGUCUGAUCGAGUGGCACCCCACCACCAGCGGCAUCCUGUUCAGUGCAGGCUAUGAUUAUAAGAUUCUGAUCUGGAACUUGGAGAUUGGCGAGCCGGUGAAGAUGAUUGACUGCCACACUGACGUCAUCCUGAGUAUGUCCUUUAAUACAGACGGCAGCCUGCUGGCCACCAGCUGCAAGGACAAAAYGCUGCGAGUCAUUGAGCCUCGCUCUGGAAGAGUACUUCAGCAUGCUAGUUACAAAAACCACCGUGUAAACCGAGUGGUUUUCCUGGGCAACAUGAAGCGACUGAUCACCACGGGGGUUUCCCGCUGGAACACUCGGCAGAUUGCUUUCUGGGAUCAGGAGGACCUGUCCAUGCCUAUUGUGGAGGAGGACAUAGACGGCCUCUCAGGACUGUUGUUUCCUUUCUAUGAUGCUGACACACACAUGCUGUACCUGGCAGGCAAGGGGGACGGUAACAUCCGUUACUUUGAAAUAACCACUGAGAAGCCAUACAUCCAAUAUUUAAUGGAGUUCAGGUCUCCGGCCCCACAGAAAGGACUAGGUGUGAUGCCAAAGCACGGGCUGGAUGUGGCAGCCUGCGAGGUGUUUCGCUUCUACAAACUAGUGACCUUGAAGGGUCUGAUAGAGCCCAUUUCCAUGAUUGUGCCAAGACGAUCAGAUACAUACCAGGAGGACAUAUACCCGAUGACUGCUGGAACUGAACCCGCCCUGUCAGCCAGCGAGUGGCUGAGUGGGAUCAACAGAGACCCGGUCCUGAUGUCCCUAAAGGAGGGUUACAACCGUCCAAACCAGCUGGUGUUCAAGGCCCCGGUGAAGGAAAAGAAGAGCGCAGUAGUUAAUGGGAUCGACCUGCUGGAGAACGUACCGCCCCGGACAGAGAAUGAGCUCCUGCGAAUGUUCUUCCGGCAGCAGGAUGAGCUGCGGCGGCUAAAAGAGGAGCUGACCACUAAGGACGUGCGAAUACGGCAGCUGGAGCUGGAGCUGAACAACCUGAAGAACGUUAACCCCAACAACGUCUGACCUCUGAGCCUCCCGAACAGGCAAAAUGCUGCUUCUUUUACUCCCGGUUCUGACCUACAACAAGCUUCUGAACCCCACCGUAUUGCUUUUUUUUUUAUCCCAAUCAUGCCAUUCUUCUUGCUGCCCUGCAUAGCCUACAAUUAUAUGAUGACUGUUAAAUAACAUCUUGAUGCAAUUACUAGAAUAACGUAGUAGUGUUAAUUACCAUAAGUAUUGAAGGUAGAAAUUUCAGGGAUUUCCUCCUGUAUAACAUUUGAUUGAUAACAUUUUCUGUUUAUAUAAAUGAACAUGUCUGUUCCAGCACACUCUGUAGUGUUAUAAUCACUCACCGCAUCUUUCCAACCACAACACCUGAGUAUUUCUGUCACACCUGCCCUGUUUUUUUUCAUGUGGCAAUGCCUUGAUGACCAUGCAAAAAAAAAAGUCCAAGCCGACUUAUCCUUCUGUACCAACCAAACAAGCUUUGAAAAUUUGUUUUACGUCGUGACAAAACUGGAUGAGGAAACAACUUUUACAUGCUCCUAACUGAUCCUCCCAAGGCCUUAGAUCCUGCUGUUAGCCAUGAGCUGUGACUCCACCUCAUAGUAGCAGAAGUGAAAGUAGUUUUUGUUUUUUGGAGACUUUUGCAGACAUGGAUCCUGCAUUUUUCACCUCUGUUGUCCUUAAAACUGACUUUGCAGCACUAACACAUGCUUCAGAUGCAGUCAGAAGAGUGGAUGUUUGAUCUUUCUGUGUUCAAAGGGGAAAUAGCAUCACAGACGGUGGACUCUAACAUACUCCUGAARGAAGAAGGAUCSUCACAGGUUUUUKUUUUUUAGGGCUGACUCUGAAAAUUUGAAUUGUUGUAUAUUUGCUUCUAUUUAUUUGACCUUUUUAGCCAAUAACCUAUAUAUUUCCUAAUCUAGUUGUUUUUGUAUGACGUGGCUGCACAAAGUUAAUGACUGUGAUGCUUGAUGGAUUGCUCUGAAUGUCUCUGGUUGAAAUGGUGCAACAUCUGUGUGGGCUGCACAGUGAAAUGUAAGGUUUCUUAGACUCUGGGAGCGUAACUUCAAAUAAGGUAUGAAGUURUAUUAUUGCCUAUUCCUAACAAUACAAACUGUAGUAACAAUUGUUCUUUAGCAUUUAAACUACGUGUAUCACUAUAACUGAGAUGUGUUUACUUUUUAAACGUCUAAUUUUGCUUUAAA